UAUGCAACCAGAGCCGCGUCUUCUUUCUGUGCUGUUUCUAUGUCACAAUGGCUGAAAGAAGUUGUGAUAAAAAGGUCCGAUCGUCUCAGGCCGUCGUCUCGCAGCACACGAAACGUCUGUCCUCCAGCAGUAAGGCUGAGAGGUCCAAGAGGGUUGAAGGAAAACCGCCGGCAAAAUCUGCAUCUGGUCCAAAAAAGAAGAACACAGAUGACCUUUUUGCUAAGGAAGAACAAUACAAACUUUUAAAUGCAGAGCUGGAAGCCAAAACGGCAGAUCUAGUAAGGCAGGCAGAACAACUUAUGAGAGAACAGAGUGAAGUUCUGGCAAAACCAUUAUCCACCCUCCUGCUCACGGACAUCGAGAAUGAAGAGGAGUCAAGGAUAAUGAAGCCUCAACAGUGCACUGUGCAGGAGCCCGGUGUGAAGGUGAGCACAAUAAGAGUCACAUCAACAUCACACAACAUGUGUACUGGAAGACAAGGAAAUGAGCCUCACUGGAAAACAGCAACCCCAAAGAUGUCUCAUGUGGAUGAUUUAGCAGCUGUAGCAGACUCAGCUGAUUGUUUCCUGGCAAAGACGAUACGUAGCAUGGAGGAGAAGAUGAACGACACCGUGAUUCAUGAAAACGUUGUGGAUGAUUUGGCUAACGCUGGAGACAAUGUAGGAUCAGGCGUUUCAGAUGCUCAAAUACGAGUUCUGAAGGCAAAACUACGGAUCAUGCAAGAGGAACUGGAUCAACUCUCAUGUGAAUAUUAUAAGAAGGAUGACGAAAACGCUAAACUUAGUGCAAAACUGAAGGAGCUUGAGGAGGAUCGAGCCAGACUGCAGAAAACAACAAACAUCCAGCAGACACAGAUUGAGAAGCACAGAGCUUUGGCUCACGAGUCGGACAAAAAAUGCGACGGUCUUCAAGUGCAAGUGUCCGCUUUACACAAGGAAAUAGAAAAUCUGAAUAGAUCCCAGAAACAAGCAGCGGGCGUCCACGGCACUGUGGAGGUCCGUCUGAACAGAGCCUUGGAGGAGGUGGAGAGGUUAAAGACUCAACUCAACAAGAUGAAACAGAUGAACAAGGACAAGAUAAGCGAGGAACAUCAGAGUAAAGAAAAUCUACUUGCUGAAAACAAAAUGCUAAAAAAACAGAAAGCAGAACUCAUCGUGGGUUUCAAGAAACAGCUCAAGCUGAUUGACAUCCUCAAAAGACAAAAGAUGCAUUUUGAAGCUGCCAAGCUGCUGUCGUUCACAGAAGACGAGUUCAUGAAAGCUCUAGACUGGGGGAAGUCGUAAACACGGAGAGGUUCACAUAUAUAGAAGACUUUGAAUUCAGAGGGAAUUUAGAGAUUUGUCUCCCAAUUAUGAUCACAUUUAGCCACCAGACAACCUCACAUCUUUUCUGGAAUGAUUUUAAUUAAGAUCCUGUCAACAAAAUCCUAAUGAAUAAAAACAUGUCCUAAAA